AUGGAUGAACAAGUUCAAGCAAUGAAUAUUGAAGAAAAGAAGGUUGUAGCAGAGCCUACUGAAGCAUUGGAAGAUAUUUCCUUGGAUGAAGAUAACCCUGAGAGGUGUACCAGGGUUGGAGCAGAUUUAGAAGAGCAGAUUAAAAAGGACCUCGUCCAAUUUUUGAAGAAAAACAUCGAUGUGUUUGCGUGGAGUCACGAGAAUAUGCCGGGUAUAGACCCUAGUGUCAUUACCCACCGUUUGAAUGUGUGCCCUUCCUCCAAGCCUGUGCGGCAAAAGAAGAGGGUGUUUGCCCCUGAGAAAGAUAAUGCAAUCAAGGAUGAGGUCCAAAAGCUGAUGGUAGCAAAGUUCAUUCGGGAAGUGUACUACUCGGAUUGGUUGGCCAAUAGAGCUUUUGAAGAUUUGAAGGUAUACCUUACCAUGGCACCGCUGCUGAGUCCAUCAGUGGAAGGAGAGGAAUUAUAUCUAUACUUAGCGGUAACCCCGCAUGCCGUAAGCUCAGCAUUGAUAAGAGAGGAAGAUAAAGUGCAAAGACCUGUGUACUAUACAAGCAAGGCAUUGAAAGGAGCGGAAGGACGGUAUCCACAAAUGGAGAAAUUGGCCUUCGCGCUAAUCACUGCUUCAAGGAAGCUGAGGCAUUAUUUCCAAGCACAUGUCAUUAAUGUCAUGACGGAUCAUCCGCUCAAGAAGGCAAUGAAUAGACUGGAAGCUGCAGGACGAUUAAUCCAGUGGGCUGUGGAGCUCAGUGAGUUCGAUAUCAGGUAUCAACCAAGGCAUGCCAUAAAAGCUCAAUCCCUAGUAGAUUUUAUUGCGGAGUUUACCCCAAGUCAUAAUGAGACAGAAGACAGUAAGAGAUGGAUCGUCCAUGUAGAUGGUUCGUCUACACGGCAUGCAGGAGGAAUUGGUGUGGUCCUGCAAUCCCCAGAAGGAGAUAAACUGAAACAUAAAGUCCGUCUACAGUACGAAGCGACUAAUAAUGAAGUCGAAUAUGAAGCCCUCCUCAAAGGGCUAGAACUGGCUAAGUCUGUGGAAGCCAAGUCCAUAUGUGUCAUGGGGGAUUCUCAACUGAUCAUGGGACAAGUGAAUGGGAUGUAUGAAGCGAAGGAAGAACGAAUGAAAAAAUACCUUGGUAGGGUGAUGCGCCUUGUGAGAAGAUUUGAAAACGCUGACUUCAUUCAAAUCCCAAGGGAAGAGAACGUGGAAGCUGAUACUAUAGCGAAAGAAGCCUCAGCAGAUGAAUCAUUAGAGAAGUCAGAUGAAGUUCAAUAUAUGCCAAGUAUAGAUGUCCCAGAAGUACAACAGGUGGAAAACAGAGAAAAUUGGAUGACUCCCAUUAUAUCAUACUUGAAAGACGGACGACUACCAGAAGAAACGGACGAGGCCAGGAAGGUGAGGGUGAGAUCAGCUAGAUAUGUCCUUAUGAAUGAAGUGCUAUAUAAGAGAGGUUUCUCUCAACCAUACCUUAGAUGCUUAGCUCCGGACGAAGCAAACUACGUACUAAGAGAAGUUCAUGAAGGGGCAUGUGGCAAUCACUCAGGAGCUAGAUCACUUAUCCACAAGGUCGUCCGUGCAGGAUAUUACUGGCCGAACAUGCAAGCUGAUGCUAAAGCAUACGUUAAGGUCUGUGACCAGUGCCAGCGAUUCAGCAACGUCCCCAGGCAACCAUCGGAAUACCUCACCCCAAUGGUGGCACUGUGGCCCUUCGCACAAUGGGGAUUGGACAUUUUGGGUCCCUUCCCUUUGGGAGUAAGGCAGAUGAAGUUUUUAGUGGUUGGCAUCGAUUACUUCACCAAAUGGGUGGAAGCAGAACCAUUGGCAAAUAUCACACAACAGAAUGUGAAAAACUUUGUGUGGAAGAACAUUGUAUGCAGAUUUGGAGUGCCGAAGGGUGAUGAUGUAUCAAGACAAGGAUAA